UCUGUAGUCGCUUCUUUUGACAAAGUGUCAAAUAAAUAUGUAAAUAAACAAUUGAGGUUAUGUAGUUUUGUUUUGAAAUUGUAUACUGAUUGCAGCAUGAAUUCGAGCGGAGCCUUUAAAUUCGUUUCUUAAGAAUGAUUCGCAAAGUGGUUGUAGGAAUUUCGGGUGGAGUUGACUCAGCGGUGGCGGGUUUUUUAUUGAAGCAAAAAGGAUUUGAUGUUUGUGGUGUUUUCUUAAAGAAUUGGGAUCUGGUUGAUGAGACGGGAUAUUGUUCAGCCGAACAGGAUUGGGAAGAUGCACAAUAUGUUUGUGAUAAAUUACAAAUCCCUAUUCAACGCUUCGAUUUCGUGAAGCAAUACUGGACCGAUGUUUUUGAGAACACUUUGAAAGAAUACCAGAAUGGUCAAACGCCAAAUCCGGAUGUUUAUUGUAAUAAAUAUAUCAAAUUCGGCGCAUUUUAUCGACAUAUCAAGGAAAAUUUGGCAGCAGAUGCAAUAGCUACUGGACACUAUGCUCGUACUUCGUUUGGACCAUUUUUGGAAGAUUUUCAACUGAAUCAAUGUGUGAAGCUGCUUCAAGCUGUUGACCGACGAAAAGAUCAAACGUUCUUUUUGUCGCAAAUACCACAGGAUGCCUUGCGCUACACCAUGUUUCCAGUGGGUUCAAUGAUGAAAUCGGAAGUAAAGAGACUGGCCCACAAAAUCGGACUUGAGCAAAUUGCACAAAAGCGUGAAAGUACUGGGAUAUGUUUUAUUGGCAAGCGAAAAUUCAGUGAUUUCAUAGCAGACUAUGUGGAUCCACAGCCGGGUGAUUUUGUGAACAUAGAAACUGGUGAAAUUGUAGCAAAACAUCAAGGCAUCCACAACUAUACAGUUGGUCAGAAGAUUUUGCUGGGUGGACAAGAGGAGGCAUUAUUUACCGUUCGAAAGAUGUGUGAUAAUAAAACAAUUUUAGUGGCACCUGGUACAAAUCAUCCAAGAUUGUUUUCGAAUCUAUUUUAUACGGAAAAACCACAUUGGAUCGAUAGAUCGCCGUUCAAUGGGAGUCGUGGUGUUAUGAGGGCUGAAUUUCGCUUUCAACACGGUCACAAAUUAGUUGUGUGCGAAUUUGUUGAGAUCAAUGGUCAAGGAGGUGGUCUUUUAGUCAAGUUAAACAAUCCAGUUAGAGCCAUUUGUCCUGGACAAUUUGCGGUGUUUUACAAAGAAAAUGAAUGCCUUGGAUCAGCAAAAAUACGAGCAACUGGACCGUAUGUUAGAUAUACUUCUAAUGAACAGAGUAAUCAAAGUGAUUCUAGUGAUGAAGACGUUGAAACAACAUUACCAAAAAGAGUGAAAGAAGAGUUGGGGAUGAAAAAAAAAUACACAGAAAGAGACCGUGAAAAAGUUAACAAAGAAGAAAGAGCAAGCUGAAACACACACUAAAAUCAAUUUCACAUUCUGACUCAAGUAUAAAAAAACGAUCAUUAAAUUUAUAUCAAAAUCUUAA